GAAGCCAAUAGUCAGCAUCCCAAAGAAGACUUUCUAUUACCUGCUAAAUUUGCAUUACGGGAGACUUCGUUCAAUACUCCCAACAAAAUUCAUGGAGGCCUUCCAAUAAAAUGACCUCAGUUCCAUGGCACGGUACCCAGAGUAUUCGACAUUGAUCUCUGUCCUAUGCGCCAUGUUAUUCCUGUCCGUCUUUACCUUAUUUCAGCUCUCCACAGCUUUACCACGCCUACACCCACGGGCCUCCCAAUACCUGGUCGUUCUCGAUACUGGCGUAGGGCAUCGCAGCACGCCGAUCCCCAGAUGGCCGACUUCUCUUCGCCGUAUCAACACUGAUGGUACCAACGCGGCUAACCUUACACAAUUCGGUGUAGUUGUGUCUGAUCCCAACACACUUGAACAGCCGAUACUUGCCUAUGCCCUCGCAUACUCGCCGUCAACUUCCUCCUUCUUCUCCGUCACAGGUCGGGGUGUGGUGCGAACCAACAUAGACGGUGGGAAUUUAGAGUAUAUCUUGACCAAAGAGAGCGACUCAUCGAGUCAAAUUGUCAGCAUCACAGCAGCCGAGCAAUCUCAGAAGCUUUACUAUGGCGACUCCAACACAGGUCUCAUCUACUCCUCAAACUACGACGGCAGUAACAUCGCCGUAUUCCGCAACGUAUCUCAAGGCCUCACCUUUUUCUCUGAGGACUACAGCUAUGCCAAUACACACGCCGGUGGAAUCGUCGUCGACGAAGCACGGGGCUGGCUCUAUUGGAGCUCAGUAAGUGACGGUAGCAUCCGGCGCAUCCUUCUCAGCGGUGAGGGGCAGGAGCAAGUUCUCGUUACUGGACUCGACAAACCAGGCCAACUGCGCAUUGCAGGUACUUCCUUGUUUUUUGCCGAGCGUGGCUCAUGGGGCUCCUCGCCCACAGCUAUCAAAUACCUCGACCGCAUGAUUGACCAACUUCCCGCAUCCCCAACGUCCCCUAAUCUAGCCGUGCCAACGGGUACUCUCAUAUCGUCUACGCAGUCGUCGCUCUUUACCGAAAUCGACUACACGGGCGAGAAGCUGACGCUCGGAAUUGAGAGCUUUGUUGUCUAUAGGAAUGGUGUGGAACAGAUUGUGUACUUUGCUGUCAAUAGUGCGGGUAGGACGUCGUUCGGUAAGAUAGUAGAGACAGUGUGGAGAGGGAGUGGGGGUAGUAGAGGCCCCGUCUUCAAGGUCUUGAAUGCGGAGACAAGAGAGGUUGGAAUACCCGUUGGAUUGGAGCAUAUCUUAUAGUAAAUAGUAUAGAUGGACACACACUCUCUCUUUACUAGAACUCUUCUAAACCAUUAAAUAAUCGUUAGGAAAUCUACUUCAUUACCGUUGAAGAAUAAAUGAC